UAAGUAUGUAGGUAUAUAGUGAUUUAGUGAGUAAGGACAUAGUAUCGACUAUGUAUACCGAAACUUUGUUACACUAUAUGUUGAGCAUUCGUCAAUCGACUUGCACUCAGCGCAAAUUUAUUUAAGUUUUUUAAUCAUGCCAAAAAAUCAACAAACCCAACAAAUAUUGAACGAUACAAGAGAUGAUUCGUCUUCAUCUCGGGUCGUUAUGCUGUUUGGAUCAGACGAGGAAUGUGACUUAACAUCAGAUGACUUAACAUCCGGCGAUGAAGAUACGUUGUCUGUAAAUCAAUUGUCUGGUAUCCGACGGUUCCCAGUACCAGAUUCCCGAAAACCGUGUACUGUAACCAAUUCUCGGGAACGCUGGCGCCAACACAACGUUACCGGUGCCUUUGCAGAACUUCGUAAAUUGGUACCCACUCACCCACACGAUAAGAAAUUAUCGAAGAAUGAAAUUUUAAGAAUGGCUAUUAAGUACAUUCGUCUUUUAAGCGGAGUCCUCGAAUGGCAAGAGAAUCAACAAGAUUUCAGCAAUAAUAAUGAAGACUGUAUGGACAACAAUGUGUAUUUGUAAUUAAAAUCUGUAUGGCAAAAGAAAAUAUUACAUUAUUAUAUCACGAUGAUUUAAAUCGUAAUAAUAAUGCGUCAUGAUAUAGAUAUAAUUUACAUACGACCUGAUGAAUAAACGCACAGAAAUAAAAGACCAUGUUACUAUUUGAGGACGUACUAUGUAUAAUUUAUCAAUAUAUUUAAUAAUUGCAAUAUUUAAGACGUAUAGGUCGUAGCCCGUAGAUAUUCUUAUAUAAAUUACAAUUUAUAACCAUUAUAACAUAAAUAAAUACAUAUGUCACCUCGACUUAAAGUUAUGCCUUAUCUCCAUUUUAAUGUUCCAACUUAAAUAGGGAUCACAAAAGUUUAGAGUAUGCAUAGCUAGCAGCAGGUUUGAAAGUUUACUGAGUAGUAUAUGGUAUAUCCAAUCCAACAGGCAGCUAUUUAAUCUCGGUUGAAAUUAAUUCACAAAAGGGGGUUCGCAGACAUUGAUUUGCCAAUGUACUGAAACCGAGAAUAGAGAUACUUCGAUAAAGCGCUGUAAUAUUUGUUCAUUUUUUCAUAAGUGAAGUUGGGCUAGACGCUAAUACAUACAUAAUAUAUAUUCUUUUAAUAUAGUUUAAUAAUUUAAUUAGUGUCAAAUAAAUAAAUAGAUGUAUGGUGUUACAGACAUCCUAGUAAUAAGAGUAUAAUAUUAUUUUAAAAAUUAUUCAUUGAUUACAGAUAUCAUUAGCGUCAACAUGAGUAGAUAAGUGCCUAUAUAAUAUAAUAUAAUGUAUGAUUUAUAUUAAAACAAUGUUUGUUUGUUUUAUUAUUAUUAAGUUUUAAAAAAUAUUAUUUUUAAAUGCUACUACAAAAUAAUAAAUAACUUACAAAAUAUAUAAUCCUCCAAUAGAAUUUUUAUGUAAAAAAUAAAAAUUCUGUUAAAAGUUACCAAUAUAUAAAUGUAUGUAUUAGAAACUUAAUAAAUAUUAAGAAUCAAUUCAUAUUUAACAUAAAAGUAACGUAU